CCUAGCCGAGACCGACGUUGUUCGCGCUACCACCAAUUACCAGUGUUGGAGCGCAUCCUCGGACACAUCCGAUCAUGUAGACUCCCACCAUGCACAUGUCGACACGGUAGCGACCAGUCCCGACGACCCCGACCGUCUGGCUGCUCUUGUGUUUGCUCUUGUGCUUGCUCUUGUGCUUGCUCUUGUGCUUGUGCUUGUGCUUGUGCUUGUGCAGCCACCGCCUCGCUUAGUCACUCACUCCCACCCCAGUCUUCAUAGUCCCGUCAGUCUUGUCAGUCCUAAUCGCGUCUGCGCAUCGCCCGCCCACGCCGCCAUGUCGAAACCCAACGGGCAGCUGCGCCAGGGCGAAGCCGGCGACGUGUGCCCCGUAUGCAAGUCCAGCCGCUACCUCAACCCGCACAUGAAGUUCCUCGUGAACCCGGAAUGCUACCACAAAAUGUGUGAGUCGUGCGUCGACCGCAUCUUCAGCCACGGGCCCGCGCCCUGCCCGAUCGCCGGCUGCGCCCGCACCCUGCGCAAGGGCCGCUUCCGCGAGGCUACCUUUGAGGACCUCAAGGUCGAGCGCGAGGUCGACAUCCGCCGCCGCGUGCAGGCCGUCAUGAACAAGGACGAGGCCGACUUUGAGACGCUCAAGGACUACAACGACUACCUCGAGCAGGUCGAGCAGGUCACGUGGAACCUGGUCCUCAAGCUCGACGUCGACGCGACCAACGCCCGUCUGCAGCGCUGGGCCGACGCCCAGGCCGCCGAGACGGGCGUGAGCCGCCGCACCUACGAGCCCGAUCCCGCCGCGUCCAGCGCCGCCGGCGUCGUGCUGAAAAAGGGCGGCCAGCGCCGCGCCGAGCUGGCUGCGGGCCACGGCGCAGACGCGGGCGCCGCGACGGACAGGGGCUUUAGCUUCCACGGCCUGAAGAAGAAGGUCGCGCCGCCGCCCGAGGUGCCGUUUGACGCCUUUGGUGGCUGGUCCGUUGGCCCGCGGCUGUACGCGCUGCAGCCCGACUACGACGCGGACUGGCUCACGCAGCACAAGGGCAGUGUUGAGCAGCGCGCCGGCGGCUACCAGUGGGGCGACUUUUACAGUCGCGCCCUGCAGGAUGCCCUGGCCGGCUUGGCCGUCUUCAUCGGGGAGGAGAUUAGGGCGAGGGACGUGCCGUCCGUGGACGCGAGCGUUGGCACGCAGCAUGCUGCCGCCGCCGCCGCCGCCGCGCCGCCCGUGCACAUGGACCAUGUGUUUUGAUGAUACCCGGCUUCUGCCGCUGAAUGGAUUGGGCGGCGUUUGCAUGGCGCACAUGGUGACUGCGGCGUGGUGACUGCGGCGUGGUGACUGCGGCGUUUGGCUGGCGUACAUGGUGACUGCGGCGUUUGGGCGGCGUACAUGGUGACUAUAUGCUACG